AAAAGGAAGAACAGGAAAAAAAACAGCAAGGCGGUGAUUUGGUCCAUUCAAUUGACCUGAAAAUCAAGAAAGAUGUCUUCUCUCCUCCACACACCUCUCUCCCUCCCUUCCAAAACCCCCACCGCCGUCGCCGGAACCCACCGUCUCUUUCCGACCACCCCUCGCACCCUCUCUUUUCCCAUUACUCCACGACCCCAUAAACUCACUUUCACCGCCCCCAUCCGCUUCUCCCGCCCAUAUCCCGACGAUCCAAUUUCCGGCGACGACGACGAAGAGCCGGACAGAGCCCCGACUUCAAAUAUCCCCGAUGAAUGGGGCGAAAAGUCCGACCCGGAUCCGGAACCCGCCACCAAACUGGCUGAUUCGGACCCUCCUAAGAAUGAUGAUGAGUGGGGUGCGACAAGUGAGCGAGACUUUGUUGUAUCUGGGAAUGGGAAUGUUGGGGGUGAUAAGAGUGAUGAGAGUGGUAGUGAGAGAUUGGAGGAGCUGAAGAGGUGUUUGGUGGAUAGUGUUUAUGGCACUGAUUUGGGUGUUAAGGCUUCUAGUGAGGUUAGAGGGGAGGUUUUCGAGCUGGUUUCGCAGUUGGAGGCUUUGAAUCCGAUUGCUGCGCCCACUGAUGCUGUCGUUGAGCUUGAUGGCAAUUGGGUUUUGCUGUACACAGCAUUUUCUGAGUUGCUGCCUUUUCUCGCAGCAGGCACGACGCCAUUUUUGAAGGUUGAUAAAAUCUGUCAAUCAAUUAGUACUAGCAACCUUACCAUUGAUAAUACCAUAACAUUGUCAAGCCCUUUUGCCACUGUCUCCUUUAGUGCAUUGGCAACUUUUGAAGUUCGAAGUCCUUCAAGAAUACAGGUCACCUUUACGGAAGGUUCCUUCCAACCUCCGGAUAUCAAGUCGAGUGUGAGCCUUCCGGAGAAUAUAAAUAUAUUUGGCCAGACAAUCAACCUGUCACCAGUACAGCAGUCUCUGAAUCCUCUUCAAGAAGCGGUGGCAGGUAUAGCACGUGGUAUAUCUGGUCAGCCUCCUCUAAAGGUUCGCAUUCCAGGUGAACGGUCAAAUUCUUGGCUUAUUAUCACAUACCUCGACAAAGAUCUUCGCAUUUCAAGAGGGGAUGGUGGCCUCUUUGUGCUCGCUAAAGAAGGAAGUCCCCUUUUGGACCAGUUAUCAGGUUGAGACUAUCGUUACUCUCCGCCAGCAUGCUGUUCACCAAUUUAUAUACUAAAGAGACAGGAUGAAAGAAUGCAGAUUCAUGGCCAUUGUCACUUAAGCAACACCUUAUAUGAUGUAUUGUACUGAAUCGAAUAAUUCUUGGUUCCAACAUACUGAGAGCCCUCAUAUGACUCAGCCAUUUUGUAGUUACCUUCUCAAUUGUUGUAUAUAGAAGUCGCAGAUUUUGCCUUUUUACCAGGGACCAGUAGUUCCUGAAGUCCAUAUAUGAAAAUUUUUGUGUCGA